AUGAUGCUGACAAAAUUCGAAACAAAGAGUAAUCGAGUGAAGGGACUGAGUUUCCAUAAUAAGAGGCCAUGGAUCAUGGCCAGUCUUCACAGUGGUGUGAUCCAGCUAUGGGACUACCGUGUAGGGACUCUGAUUGAUCGGUUUGAUGAGCAUGAGGGCCCUGUCAGAGGUGUUCAUUUCCACAAGUCUCAGCCUCUCUUUGUAUCUGGAGGUGAUGACUACAAGAUCAAAGUUUGGAACUAUAAGUUGCAUAGGUGUCUAUUUACCCUUCUGGGCCACCUUGAUUACAUCCGCACCGUGGAGUUUCAUCAUGAGUACCCAUGGAUUGUGAGUGCAAGUGAUGAUCAGACGAUCCGCAUCUGGAAUUGGCAGUCACGCACUUGCAUUUCUGUGCUGACAGGCCAUAAUCACUACGUCAUGUGCGCUUCAUUUCAUCCUAAGGAAGAUCUUGUUGUGUCAGCUUCGCUGGACCAGACUGUCCGCGUUUGGGACACUGCUGCUCUGAGGAAAAAAACUGUAUCUCCUGCUGAUGAUAUCUUGCGUUUAAGUCAGUUGAAUGGAGAUAUCUUCGGGGGCGUUGAUGCCGUUGUUAAAUAUGUCCUAGAAGGUCACGACCGAGGGGUGAACUGGGCUGCAUUCCACCCUACUCUUCCUUUGAUUGUCUCAGGCGCCGAUGAUCGUCAAGUAAAGUUGUGGCGGAUGAACGAUACAAAGGCAUGGGAGGUGGACACUUUCAGAGGACACAUGAACAAUGUUUCAAGUGUUAUAUUCCUUGCCAAGCAAGAUAUAAUCGUGUCUAAUUCAGAGGAUAAGAGUAUCCGAGUUUGGGAUGUAACUAAGAGAACUGGGCUUCAAACUUUCCGCCGUGAGCAUGACCGGUUUUGGAUCCUUGCGGCUCACCCUGAGAUGAAUCUUCUUGCUGCUGGACAUGAUAGUGGCAUGAUAGUGUUCAAGUUGGAGAGAGAACGACCUGCAUUUGCUGUGAGUGUAGACUCUCUGUUUUAUACGAAAGAUCGGUUUUUGAGGUUUUUCGAGUAUUCUACUCUAAGGGAAACCCAGGUGAUCCCGAUAAGGCGACCAGGUAGUGCCAGUUUGAAUCAGAGUCCGAGAACUCUUUCUUACAGCCCUACUGAAAAUGCGAUUCUGCUGUGCUCAGAUGUGGAUGGUGGUUCUUAUGAGCUUUAUAUUGUGCAGAAAGAUAGCAUGUCAAGGGGUGAUAUGGUGCAGGAAGCAAAGAGAGGUGCUGGGGGUUCAGCUGUCUUCAUUGCCCGAAACAGAUUUGCUGUGCUCGACAGAAGUAGCAAUCAGGUGUUGGUGAAGAACCUAAAAAAUGAGGUGGUAAAAAAAAGCAGUCUUCCCAUAGCUACAGAUGCAAUUUUCUACGCUGGGACUGGUAACGUGCUUUGCAGAGCUGAUGAUAAAGUGGUCAUAUUUGAUCUUCAACAGAGAUUUGUUGUUGGGGAGCUCCCUACCACUUUUGUUAAGUAUGUUGUUUGGUCUAGUGACAUGGAGAAUGUUGCCUUGUUGAGCAAGCAUGCUGUUGUCAUUGCAAACAAAAGGCUUGUGCAUCAAUGCACCCUUCACGAGACAAUUCGGGUGAAGAGUGGAGCGUGGGAUGACAAUGGUGUUUUCAUAUACUCUACUCUGAAUCAUAUGAAAUACUGCCUUCCAAAUGGAGAUAGUGGCAUAAUCAAAACUCUUGAUGCCCAAAUAUACAUCACUAAGAUUGCUGGUAAUAUAGUAUUUUGUUUGGAUAAGGAUGGAAAGAAUAGCGCUAUGAUCAUUGAUGCUACAGAAUACAUGUUUAAACUUUCUCUUCUGAAGAAGAGGUAUGAUCAUGUCAUGAGCAUGAUCAGAAACUCUCAGCUUUGUGGACAGGCAAUGAUUGCUUAUCUACAGCAGAAGGGAUUCCCUGAAGUUGCCUUGCAUUUUGUCAAAGAUGAAAGAACGAGAUUCAAUUUGGCUCUUGAGAGUGGGAACAUACAAAUUGCCGUCGCAUCAGCCAAGGAAAUCGAUGAGAAAGAUCAUUGGUACAGGCUAGGAGUGGAAGCCCUUCGCCAGGGCAAUGCAGGUAUUGUUGAGUAUGCAUAUCAGCGAACAAAGAAUUUUGAGAGAUUAUCUUUCUUGUAUCUAAUAACUGGAAACCUUGACAAGCUGUCGAAGAUGUUGAAAAUUGCUGAGGUCAAGAACGACGUCAUGGGCCAGUUCCACAAUUCCCUAUACUUAGGGGACAUCCAGGAGAGAGUGAAGAUACUGGAGACAACCGGUCAUAUUCCCCUGGCAUACAUCACAGCGAAGGUGCAUGGGCUGGAGGAUGUAGCUGCCCGCCUGGCAGCCGAUUUGGGAGAUAAUCUCCCAUCUCUGCCAGAUGGUAAAGUGCCAUCCCUUCUAAUGCCUCCUUCUCCCAUAUCUUGUUCUGGUGAUUGGCCUCUGCUCAGAGUUAUGAGAGGUGUAUUCGAAGGUGGCCUUGAGAAUAUGGCCAGAGGGACAGGGGAGGAAGACGAGGAAGCUGGGGACGGUGAUUGGGGCGAGGAACUUGAAAUGGUUGACGCGGAGGACUUCCAGAAUGGUGAUGUUACUGCUGUUUUAGGGGAUGGUGAGGCAGAGGGAGACAAUGACGAGGAAGGAGGAUGGGACCUCGAGGACUUGGAUCUUCCUCAAGAAGCAGAUACCCCUAGAGCUUCUCCGACUUGUCGCUCUUCAGUUUUUGUAGCGCCAACUUCAGGAACGCCCGUGAGCCAGAUAUGGAUGCAGAAGUCAUCCCUUGCUGCUGAGCACGUGGCAGCUGGCAACUUCGACACUGCUAUGAGGUUGCUCCAUAGGCAACUCGGAAUAAAAAAUUUCUCCCCAUUGAAAGCUAUGUUCCUCGAUCUUCACUCUGGAAGCCAGUCCUAUCUACGUGCAGUUUCUACUGCUUCUGUCAUAUCACUAGCUGUCGGACGGUGUAAUGAGUCGGCGAGCCCCAAUGUACGAGCCCCUCCAGCACUGGUAUUCAGUUUCAGUCAGCUGGAAGAGAAGCUCAAGGCUGGCUAUAAAGCCACCACGGCUGGGAAGUUCACCGAGGCUCUUAAGCUCUUCCUCACGAUUCUUCGCACGAUCCCUCUCAUUGUUGUGGAGACAAGGAGGGAGGUCGAUGAGGUUAAGGAGUUGAUUAUCAUAGUGAAGGAAUAUGUUCAAGGGCUACAGAUGGAACUCAAGAGGAGGGAAAUGAAGAGCGACCCGGUUCGUCAGCAGGAGCUUGCUGCCUACUUCACCCAUUUCAACCUUCAAACCCCUCACUUGAGACUUGCCUUGCUGACUGCAAUGACGAUCUGCUACAAGGCAAAGAACUUCGCUACGGCUGCUAAUCUGGCCAGGCGCCUCUUGGAGACCAACCCUCAGGUUGAAGAUCAUGCGAGGAAGGCGAGACAAGUGUUGCAGGCUUCAGAGAGGAAUAUGAACGAUGCUACUCAGCUGAGCUAUGAUUUCCGAAAUCCAUUUGUGGUGUGUGGUGCUACUUAUGUGCCAAUAUACCGAGGACAGAAGGACGCGUCUUGCCCCUAUUGCUCUGCUCGGUUUGUUCCGGACCAGGAGGGUCAGAUAUGUGUUGUUUGUGAUCUUGCCAUUGUUGGGGCAGAUGCUUCCGGCUUGCUGUGUUCCUCUUCUCAGAUUCGGUAAUGGAAAUGCUUCAGUGCACAACAAGUACCGGUUCUCCUGAAUCGAAGAUUUGGCGGAGUACGGUAAGGUUAGCCUACAUAAUGAGCUACCGCAUCUUUUUUCCCCUUCAUACAUUUGCUUCCGUAGCUUUUUUUGGCUUUUGUUUUUAUAUUCUAGUUAGUUUAGUUCAAAUUAUAAGAGCUUUGAAAUUGAAUGUAGUAAAAGAACGGAGAUUUUGA